GCACUGUCGCGCGCUGCCAUCGGACUGGGUGUACUGGCUUCUCAUUCAUUGCGUUGCUCAGCCAAUGAGCGAGUUGUGAUCAAUACUAGCAGCGCAUGUCAGCAUUGAGUACGAGAUAGGCUUCAGAAUUGCACAUGCUCGCUAGACUGUGGAUGUAGAAUGGUCGUAGUGCGGUAAAAGACACACGCCCCUUUGUGCAAGGAUAUACAUAGUCACACUGCCCUAACCGAUACCUCUGUCUCCUGCAACGGGGGAACGGUCACGUGGUUAUAGGUGAACUGAAUGGCAACACUGCGUUUGUUACGAGAUGAUUGACAGAACAGAGGAAUUGACGAGGGAGAAAUAGGUUGGUAUCCCCGAGGCUGAACGGAUAUAUUCGUGGUUCUUAAUUGGAUUUGCAUCUGCAAUCUUUACCUGGAUUUUAUACCUGGUUUUACCUGGAAGAUGAAACGCGCCGCUAUGAGUCACUGGUGAGUCGGCAGGUCCGAGAUUGUUGUCAACAUGCACGCGUAAGCAAUGACUGGGGAGGAUGGACGACCCACAGUCCAGUGAUGGGGAUUCAGAUGGGGAGCACCCUCGCCAACCGCAGGACCCCUGCUAUCGGUGUGAGAAGCGAGUGUACCCGGUCGAGAGGGUGGACGUUGGGGUGCUUUUCCAUCGUCGAUGCUUCCGUUGUCGUGUAUGUGGACUGCAGCUGACGUUACGGACGUUUCACUGGGAUCAGGAGAACCAGCCCGAUGUCUACUGUAACGCUCACGUUCCCAAACACGUCGCCAAAAUUGAUAAGGAUUCUGUUGGAAUUAAAUCAGCAUUAAACGCCCCGAAACGAGGAACAAACACCAGCGACCAGACUCGCGGCAGCGUCUACAACCCGGGAUGGCAGUACGACGCCAACGCGCUCGAGUUCGCCCACUACAGGGAGAUCUUCCUGAGGGGCAAGCAGAAGACGUCGACGGGAACCUACAGCGACUACGAGAAGUGUGGCGUGUUCGACGCCCAGCUGGAGUUGGAGGGGGAGCAGAAGAAGGAGGAGGACGAGCUGUACGCAACCCUGAAGAUGGAGAGGCAGAAGAAGGUGAAGCGUCUGGAGGAAGAGCUGAAGGUGGAGAAGGACAACUCGGUGAGGGACCUGGUCUCCACGCUGGAGCGCUUCUCCCCCCAGAAGGGGAAGAGCGGGCUGGCGAAGGAGACGGAGCGCCUGGAGGAACACUACAAGCUGAAGAGGGAGGAGAAGAUGAAGAGGCUGAUUGAGAAGAUGUCGGUGGAGGAGAGGCAGCACGUGGCCCGGCUGAUCCAGAAACACAGCCAGGAGAUGUUGCUGAUGAUUGCGGAGAGGUUGUCCACUGUUGAUGACCGGAGCUCCCCUGACUCCGAGGACCGGUCACCCACCAUCGACCUGUCCCGCCCCCCACCCGUGUCACCUCCGGAGUUCAAGAAGGCCCAACUCUUCAAGAGUCCGACCAUCUUUGAGAAGCUGGACAACCAUGUUCUAGAUGUGGCAAAGGAGGGCUACACAACGUUCACCAAUCUCGUGAAGGACCUGAUCGUGGAGUGUGAGACGGACCUGGAGAAGACAAGGGCUAUUUUCCGAUGGGUGACGUGGACAGAUCUGAACACCCUCGACAUGGAGGAGAGCGUUAAGCCGGACUCCCCCCUGUCUCUACUGCGGGGCAUCAAGUACGGCACGGAAACCUACCAUGACCUCUUCAAGCGACUAUGCAGCUACGCCGGGCUGCACUGCGAGGUCAUCCAGGGCUACUCCAAGGGCGCGGGGUACCGGCCAGGGAUGAAGAUCGAAGGAGACCGCUUCCGCAACACGUGGACGGCCGUCUGCAUCAACGGCUCGUGGUGUUUCAUCAACUGUAACUGGGGAGCCCGCCACGUGAAGGGCGCCGGUCAAGGUCAGACGAAAGGUCAAGGUCCUCUGAAACCUCAAGUCAGGAUCCGAGACAAGAGGGACGACUUGAGUCUGUUCUCCUACAAAUGUGAUGAGUUUUAUUUUGUAACGGACCCCGAGGAUCACAUAUACCAGCAUUUCCCCGACGAUCCAGAAUGGCAGCUAUUAGAGUGUCCCAUUACUUUGUCCGAAUUCAUCAAUCUUCCUGUUGUCAAAUCCCCAUUCUUCAACUACGGACUGAAGUUUACCAUGCACUACGACUGCAAGCAACAGACAGAACAUGGCGUGGCACUGAUUCAGUUAAAGAUUCCGAGUUUGGUUGGGUUCGGAUACACCCUGGAUCCAAAGGACAGACGGAUCGACCCUUCUGCGCUGGAGGGUCGUGUUAUGUUACGGAUCAUAGGUCACAAGGCCAUAUUCACAGUGGCACCCCCGAAAAGUGGACGUUAUUACUUCACAAUAUACGCCAAAGACGACUGGGUGUCGGACUCAUUACAAAGCGCAUGCGCAUUCCAGAUCAAAUGUCGGGAACGGAAGGAGAGCAUCAGAAGCCCCUACCCUAAGGUUUCUUUUUUUGGCCCCACCCCCAGCAUGAGUAGCUAUGGCCUGUCCCCCCAGACUCACAUAGACCCUGUGGUCACGUGUUCCCACGAGGACCUGGCAUUUCAGUUCCAUCUUCAUCAAGACGUGCGUCUGUCCCACUCCCUUCAUUACCAUGGCAACGAGGCUGACAAAAGCAACGAAGACCUACAACGAUAUGUUUUCAUCAAACAGCGUGAUGAUGACUCUAUCUCGUACCUUGUGCGGUGCCCAAUGAUUGGGAAAUACGUUUUUGCCGUUUUUGGUGCCAAAAUGGGUUCCCCGGACUCUGAGAAUAACGUUCCUUAUGAGUGUUUAUUCCGAUACCUCAUAGAGUGUAGGCAGGGGGCUAAGGACAAGAGGCCGUUCCCCCGGGCGUGUCACAGGUGGCAUAGCUGUACAUUACUCGAGCCCUUUGUUGGUGACCUUGAAAUCGAGAAACGUGUGACCUUCAGAGUGCGUGCGCCAUUGGCGUCGGAUGUGGCGCUUCUUACAGGCGAUGCCUGGUUCCAUUUCAAGCUGUUGGCGGACGCUAUAUGGGAAGGUACUGUGGUAACGGGCAAACAUCGAUGCAUCGCCAAGUUGUAUGCAAAACUGAACAGAGAAAAGGCACGAUUCUCUCCAUUGGUGGAAUUCCAGAUAAAGUAAAUCCAGAACGUAGAACGCACGUAGUUGUCUCCCUUUCCCUGGAGGAAAGGAACCAUUUUGAUUAUGUCACAUAUAUACUCACCACCAAAAGAAACGUGAACCAUUGAAACAUUUAGAUAAGUACGUACGUUAAGAGUGAGUGAGUGAGUUUGGUUUUACGCCGCUUUUAGCAAUAUUCCAGCAAUAUCACGGCGGGGGACACCAGAAAUGACGUACGUUAAGAAGAGAUGUUUCCAAUGUGUACCACUUAAUGACAAAACUGACAAUCAGUAAAGUACCACAGUGUCUUUAUUCUUAUCACGAUAUGCUGCACGUGAUUUCCGAACUUUACACACUAAUCCUGCACGAGACAAAUUGUGCAUUUCGAGUCAUAGAUCUAUGACGUCACUUGUGAUGCGUUCAUGAGCGUCGGUGCACACAACAAACCAGUAUGUUCGUUUGUGCAUCAAAUAAAUCUAAUAUCUCUUGAAUUUGAGUAAUUCCCCAUAUAUUAAUCAACAUAUAUGGUAUUCGCGUUUCUGUUGUCGGUGGGUAUAUUUGUCCGGGGGAAACAAGUCUGAGAAAGGUGUUUGUAUAAAUGGCAAAUGUAAGAAAAAGUUCAAAGUAUUUAGAUUUUUCUCUCUGCUAGAACAAGUUGGUGGGAUAACAGCAUUUACAUCAUUGUGAAUUGUUCGGUGUUCUAUAUUAAAGUCAAAGGUCAAGAUGUUGGUUAGUGGGGUGGUAUUGUUUGUCAUGUGACCACAGUUGAGAUGUUUAUACUCUGACUGUAGUGGGUGUAUGUAUGUAAAUAAUGCACUUAGAUUUGCAGGAAUACUCAUGUCUAUAGCAGUUCUAAUGCUCAGCCUUUCCUAAGCUUCAUGGCCGAAAAAAACUAAAAUGUGUAUUCCUGUGACACACAACGUUUACCGAAAACAUGAUAUCCAGGAUGUUGCCCUUGAUCUUAUAAAUUCCAAAUCCAUAUUGGACGCCAUAAAACUCGUAACCGUUACAAAUCAUUUCAUACUUAUCUAACCAUGAAAAUCAUGAUGCGAAUACAAACCAUUCUUUAAACCUAGGGUAAUUGUCGGGGGAAUCUGAGUUUCUUUCACAUAAUGUGUGGAUCCUCUCACUACUAAGGGAGGCAACUCUUCAUGGCGACUUGCGACGCCAUGGACCUCAAAGGCCAUCCGUGCCUGGCUGAAAGUAUCCUUAGCAAACGUUGAGCGUCAUAUAUGAAGUAACGACGCAUGAUGCUGUAUUCUUAGAUGUAGAUACGGUAUGUAGAGAGAGGCCCACAAGAGAUAGUUGUUCCAUUCUUCCAAAUAACAUGUCUUUCAAGAGACAGGCCCAUGUUACCUAGUUUGUAUAAUAUAUAUUCCUAUCGUUGGUGACAUAUUUAGUCUUUGAGACAAUCAUAGAAUGUAAUUCCAGCGUUGAAUACUUAAUGCAUUUUAACUCUUCAUCUAGUAAUGUAUCAAUGUAAAGUAUGUAGGUUCCGAUGUGAUCCGUUCACAGAGAGAACAUUGGGAAUCUGUGAUGACGUGCUGGAACCCUUUCCACAACAGACUGGUUGAAUCUAUAUCAGCUUGUUCAGAGACAAUUAUUUUAAUUAGAAACGUAUUUAAAAUGUUCGUUAUAGUUUGCAUGAUAGAAAAAUAUUCGAAUGAAAUUAAUAACAUGUUUGAUUACUUAAAUAAUUUAUAAACAACUAUAUGUGGAUAGUAUAUCUGUUUCAAUUCGUAACAAAUCGUGUCUUCCGAGAAAUUUCGGAUGUGGUUUACCGAAAGGAGAGGGUGGUGACGAAUGUACCGUUCGUGUGCAAUCGUCCACGGUCGGUCCUUCCCGUAACCUGCUUAAUGACAAUUCGGCUUGUCCCGGACUGACACGAGUAACUUCGAAUUGUUCCGUAUUGUGUUCAGACGUCAAGUCAAAAGCCGAAUGUCUAGUUUGGGCUCGUGGUUUGACAAUUCUGGGCUUAGAAAGAGCUCCCAUAUUACGUUAUAAUACACACAUUCCAGUGUCAACACUGUACACUACUGUAUAGAUGCGGGGUAUGCCAAUUGUUGAUAUGCUUCCACAGCGAGGUCACGUGUUCUAGCAGAAAGGAUGCGAUGUAUUGUUUGUUUGUAUGUUGUUAACGCCGCACUCAGCAAUAUUCCAGCUAUAUGACGGCGGUCUGUAAAUAAUCGAGUCUGGACCAGACAAUUCAGUGAUUGACAUCAUGAGCAUCGUUCUACACAACCAGGUUUCGAUGACAUGCAUCUACCAAGUCAGAGAGCCUGACCUCCAGAUCCGGUUGGUCGACUCUUUGCACUAGCAUAGUCGCUUUUAAAACAAGGGUUGCUGAAGAGUGAGUGAGUAUGGUUUUACGCCGCUUUUAGCAAUAUUCCAGCAAUAUCGCGGCGGGGGACACCAGAAAUGGGCUUCACACAUUGUACCUAUGUCGGGAAUCGAACCCGGGUCUUCGGCGUGACGAGCAAACGCUUUAACCACUAGGCUACCCGACCGCCCCGGUUGCUGAAGACCUAUUCUACCCCGGAUCUCCACGGGUAUGCGAUGUAUUGACAGUUUAUGCAUGUAAUAGAUGUAAAUAGCACAACAUACAUAUGAUGUUGUUUUAAACAAAGAAAGAAUGUAAAUACGAAGCUAUUAAAAGCGAAAUAAAAAUUGUUACAACA